AGGACCUGCUCGCUGUCCUCAAGAGGUCCGUCGUCAUAAUCGCUGGAUACAGAGCCAUUUACCUGCGCCUCCCUUCGGCAUCGAAAGAUGCCCCAAUCCUCGUAGUGGUGGAGGGCGGAGUCGGGGAGAAUUGGUUCCAGGGUGCGAACAUGUGGGCCUACGGAGACUGGAAGCGUGGCGUUCGGAACUACCCCGACGGUUUCAAGCAGGCCAAGGCCGCAGAGAGGGAGCUCUUCGCAAACCUGCUGCGCGAGCGGCCCCGCGGCGACGCAGGUGCUUCGUCGGUGCGCCGCGCCCCUGAGGCCGCGUGGGAGCCGUGGGAUGGCUCGUUGCCCGCCAACUCCGACGGCGCGCCUGGCUGGUGGGCGCUCCUGGCGCCAGAGAAGAAGUCCGAGCUCGCGCGCUUUGCCCACCAGGCCAUCCAGCACUACCGCGGGUUGCUACCAGACGUGUUCGAGGACAUGCGCCGCGAGUUCGGUGUCAGCUGCGACGCGGCCUCCGACGUCGUCCACUACUUCCUGGCCGGGGUCGCGGAGUCGGAGGAGAUAUCGAGGGCAGUGGAGGCGGGCCUGGCCGAGGUGCUCGGCGGCGGCGCCGUCACCGAGGGCAUGGGGGAGGAGCAGGUCAUCGCGGCGCUCGCGGACGAGGAGGAGGCGCUGAAGGAGAUGGAGGCGGGUCUCGCCGCGAAAGAGCUGGAGGACCAGCGCGACGCCGAGGCGGAGUGGGACGCCGCACAGCAGGAUGCGAACGGGUUCCUGGGCUUUGACGACCCGCCAGCCGAGAAGGGCAUCCAGUACUAUGCGAGGGCCUUGCCGCGGCAUGAGAAGAACGCGCACCUCAUCGCCGAGGAGCAGACCGCGGUCUUGCCGCGGCCGGAGCAGGGCGCAGAGCUCGCCGCCGAGGAGCAGGCCGCGGAGGAGGCGGGCAGCGCGAGCCCCGGUGGAGAAGCAAGCCAGUCGCCCAAGCGGAGGCGCAUUUUGGGCAAGCGGACUGCCGUCGCGAGCAGUCAGGAUUAGGACUGUUGUGACUCGACGCCGUCUGGGGUGGACGGCGCGUCUAGGCGCGCGGGGGCCGCUGCUCGGGGUCGAUUGAUUGCGGCGCCGCCACGCCCAGCACUUAGUGCUACUAGCUGAAGAUCCGAC